CAGAGCGUAAGAUAAGAUGGCUACUGGGGUUUUACUGUUCAGUGCUUGGAGUAAAGGGACAUUAAUUUUUAGGUGUGUCGCUUCCGUAUUUUGGCAAUAAUGUCGAUUAAAUUAACAUCUUUAAAAGUUUUGGUGGUUAUGUGUCGUGUAUUUAAGCUUGAACUUGUACUAGUGCGAAUUUUUGGUAGCUAAUGAGCCGCAAGUGAUACUACGAAAUGUUUAGUAAUCUGUGAAGAUAGGCCUAGCCUAGGCCGCCGCCUCUUAUCUUUCCUACUGUAAAUAUUAUAUAGUUUUUCUUUGUUAUCGAUAGUUUAAAAAAUCAUUCAAAAUGUGGAACAUGAUGUGUGAUGUAAUGCCUACCAUAUCAGAGGAUAGUAUAAGUCAACGGAGUUCGCAGUUCUCAGGGGAGGAUGCGAACUUCGAACAGCUCAUGGUUUCCAUGCUUGACGAAAGGGACAAGUUGAUGGAAAGUUUGAGGGAAACACAAGAACGUCUCGGAGAAAUUGAAGGCAAAUUAUCGGAUGUGGAGAAGGAGCGAGACUCGCUGCAGAGACAGAUCUCGGCUAACCUACCCCAGGAGUUCGCAGCCCUGACCAAAGAACUGAACCAAGCACGCGAACAUAUCCUGGAGAGGGAUGAAGAAAUAUCUGAACUGAAAGCUGAACGUAACAAUACAAGGCUGUUGCUGGAGCACCUGGAGUGUUUGGUGUCGCGUCACGAGCGCUCGCUGAGGAUGACAGUGGUGAAGCGGCAGGCGGCCGCCCAGUCAGGGGUGUCCAGCGAGGUGGAGGUGCUCAAGGCACUCAAAAGUCUAUUCGAACACCACAAGGCUCUCGACGAGAAGGUUCGGGAAAGGCUACGAGUAGCGUUAGAAAGGAAUACUAGUUUAGAAGAAGAGCUAACAUCUACCAAAGACGAAUUACAACAGUACAAAAUGGGUCGCAUCAUUCCAAGUGGGGGAGUAGGGGAGGAUGGAAAGCCUAAGGAAAACGGACCCCAAGAAGAAAAAUCGGAUCCACAUCCCGGAAUGGUCAAGCGGCUGUCGAAUGGCGCCAUCGAGCCUGACUCCGAUGUUGACCGGGUCAUUGAACUGCAGGACACCCUACAAAAACAGAGUAGUGAACUAACGACGUGGCAACGAAGGGUAUCAGAACUAACUGGCAGAGUGUCAGAACUAGAAGAUAAUCUCACCAAGGCUCAAAAAGAACUCGUCAAGACCCUCGAAAACAAUUCCAAACUCGAGAACGACCUUAGAGAAAACAACGCUCAAAAAAAAGAUCAGGAGGAAAGGAUAGCAACGUUAGAAAAGAGGUAUUUGAACGCGCAAAGAGAGUCGACAUCGUUACACGACCUGAACGAGAAGCUGGAACAAGAGCUACAGCAUAAGGAAGCCCAGCUCAAGCUGCAGGAGGAGAAGACACGUGCCAUUCAGGAGAAGCUGGAGCUUUGCGAGCAGAAGCUGGCUCAGUACGCCAAGUUGCCUGAGAUGGAAGAGGAGCUGAAGCAGCGCAUGGAGGCGCUCACCCAGGUGAGACCACAGGCUCAGGAGAGGCACGGCACGGCCGAGGAUCGCAUCCAGCGGCUGGAGGGGCAGGUCGACGAGAAGAACGCAGAGAUCCUCAGACUCAACCAGAGGCUCAAGAUGAACGAGGAGCACAACACCAGGCUCUCUACCACUGUAGAUAAACUACUAUCAGAAUCAAAUGAAAGAUUACAAGUUCAUUUGAAAGAACGUAUGCAUGCGCUUGAAGAGAAGAAUGCGCUCCAACAAGAGCUGGAAAAAACUAGGAAAAUUGCUGAAGAUUUACAAGCUGAGAAGAAUGAGAUAGUUAAGGAAUUAGGUAAAGCAAGAUUAGAAAUAGAUAAUGUUAAAAGGCAAAUGCUACAGCAAGAAAUAUCUUUCAACAUCCAACAAACGGAGGCACUAACAAGGAGUUUAUCGCCAAGUGGCGGCGGCGACCCAUCUAGUUUUGUACGUAGUUCAAGUCAUUCUAGUUUUGAAACGCAUUCGCUGCAGAGGAGGCAGCACAAAAGCAGGGUAUCGGCCCUCGACGACGACAACACCAAAGGCGGAUGGGGCGUGGAGAGGAGUGAGCAGGAGUGGGAGAAGCUGCAGCAGGCUCACGUGUUGGCGAACGUGGCUCAGGCAUUCGACGUGGGGGGCAGUGACGUGGAUGACGUGGACAAUGAGAGCAUAUUCAGCACCAACGACAUGCUCUCUCCCACCGGCCACACCGACGCACAGACCCUCGCCAUCAUGUUGCAGGAGCAGCUCGACGCAAUCAACAACGAAAUCAGGUUAAUACAAGAAGAAAAGCAAAGUACAGAAGCUAGAGCAGAGGAGCUGGAAUCCAGAGUGGGUAGUUUGGAGCACAUGAACUUGCUUGCCAGAGGGCGCAGCUUCGAGCGCACGUCACCUCCAUUAUCUGGUCGCUCGACGCCCAAAUCACACCACUCGCCUCAGCGCGACUACUUGCACAAGUACCAUACCGCUCCAGCCGCCAUGUCUCCGGCCAACCUGCAUCAGUAUGGUGGUGGCAUUGGCGUUGGUCUUGGCCCCUUGCUCAGUCCGGGCCAGUUGUCUGAAUCUCUGCCCGCCAGUCAGUUGCAGCUAGCUGAGUUGCCGAGUGAGCUGUCUGCAGAGGAGCUGCAUUCGGUGGGGGCAGGUGGGGGAGACAGCAGCGGUGCGGCAAGUCCACAGACGGCACGAUCUCUGCGGCUCGAGAGGGUCGCCCAGGCACUUGCUCACAGUCAAGAAGAACUACGCAGACGUACGGCUGGCGGCGGAUGUGGGGUGUUUGGGGGCGGGGGCGGCGGUCAGAUGCAGCCGCCUCCUGGCCUCUACUCGCAAGCAGCGCUAAGGCCUGGCCUUGGCCCUGGGCCUGGGGGCUACUCGACUCCACCCUCUCCUCUGUCCUCUCGCCACAGCAGCCAGGACAGCCUGCACAAGUCGCUGAUGGCCGGAGGCGGUGGCGCCUACAUGUCGGGGGUGGCUGGGGGUGGCAUGCAUCAGUCAGCCGCUGCUGCCGCUGCCGCCGCCGCAGCUGCCGCACACAAGAAGAAGGGCAUCAAGUCGUCGCUCGGCCGCUUUUUCAGCAAGAAGGAAAAGGGUAAAGUGAAAGAAGGCUCUAUGAUGGGAGGGGAGCAAGUGACAAUGACGUCAUCCUACAAUGAACAGCUGGACAUGAGUGUUGGUGGAGGGGCGGGAGACACCCUCAGCCUGGGGGGCGGCAUAGGACAGAAAGGUGAUUUCGACAGGAGGAAAAAGAAGAACUACGACUGUUUCAGACACGAGCUGCUGGCGGAGGCGAUGAAGGCAGGGACGCCGUUCGCGCUGUGGAAUGGGCCGACGAUCGUGGCCUGGCUGGAGUUGUGGGUGGGGAUGCCCGCCUGGUAUGUGGCCGCCUGCCGGGCCAACGUCAAGUCGGGCGCCAUCAUGUCAGCGCUGUCUGACACUGAGAUUCAGCGCGAGAUCGGCAUCAGCAACCCGCUGCAUCGACUCAAGCUCAGGCUCGCCAUACAGGAAAUGGUGUCUCUGACGAGCCCGUCGGCACCGAAGACGUCUCGCACGACUCUGGCGUUCGGAGACAUGAACCACGAGUGGAUCGGCAACGCGUGGCUGCCGGCGCUCGGUCUGCCGCAGUAUCGAUCCACGUUCAUGGAGUCACUGGUCGACGCUCGCAUGCUCGACCAUCUCACCAAGAAGGACCUGCGCGGCCAGCUCAAAAUGGUCGACAGCUUUCAUAGAACUAGUCUACAAUUCGGUAUAGCAUGUUUGAAGAGAUUGAACUACGAUAGAAAACAGCUUGAAGAAAGGAGGAGAGCGUCUGAAAACGAUCUAGUUGAUGUUUUAGUUUGGUCUAACGAUAGGGUAAUUCGGUGGGUCUCCGCGAUAGGACUAAAGGAUUACGCGAACAAUCUACUGGAGUCAGGAGUGCAUGGUUCUCUAAUAGCCUUGGAUGAGAGCUUUGACCACAAUAGUUUGGCGCUAGCGCUGCAAAUACCAACUCAAAAUACUCAGAUGCGGCAAAUGCUGGAAAUGGAGAUGAAGAACCUACUGAGCGUAGCCACCGAGCGACGACUCGACAUGGACAUGAGCAAGUCCUGAUAUCCACAAAUGGCCAGCUAGCCAUCAGCCGACGACCCCUUCAGCAGACCAGUCUAGCUCUAGCACUGCCCCCUUCCCCCUUCCCCCCACCCUUAUCACUUACUCUAUCAAUAACAGCUAAACUAAUAAUAAUUGUCGCUCUACGAAACGGUCUCUGUGUAAAUAUAUAAAUCUGUGUAAAUAGCCUUGAUACGAUCGCCUGCCUUCUCUACCACUGACCAGUGAAACCUAACUAAACUGAACGUUUUUCUCUACCUAUUUAUAAAUUAUCAAUAUCAGGAAUACGCACACCGAACGUAAUUCUUAUCCAAAACUCCUUUGUAAUAUAAUUAAAUUAUUGUAUGAACUUGACUUGAGACAAUACGACCGUUCGCAUCAAAAUAGUGUUACGAUUUUGUUUGGCAACUUCGAUUGGCGGUUUCGAUUAUUUUGGAAUGAUCGAUUAAUUCUGUAAUUUGAAUCGUAUGACUGACUGAAGCACAAACGUCAACUAAAAAUUGUUUUAGAAAUGUUUUGAUUGUAGGUACUGCAAUCGAUUGAAAUCUUCAUUACUUAUUUUUUAAGAUCCAUAACAAUUGAAAUCGUUUGGUGACAACGAACUUGAACCAGUCUUGGUUAUAGAAGUUUUUUUUCAAUUUUCGAUAUCAUGAUCGAUAUUCAUUCUAUAAUGAAAAUUACACUUCAACCCUUGAACAAUAAUUAUUAUUAUAAUGUAAAAUUGAAGUUAUAAAGCAAAAACGGAACCAAUGAAAAUUACUUGACAGAAAUUGCUAGAUUUUUAAACUUAUAUAAAGAAAUUCAGGACUCGGUUUCUUAAAACACAUUAUGAUAUUAUAUUUGUCAACUGAAAUUGAAUGUUUGAAAUUAUAAUUAUUUUUAUAUUAUUGUUGAACUAUUCUGAUAUCGGGUCCCUGAAAAGUAUACUACUUAUAAAUGUUUCGUCUUUACGUUAUCCAUUUAUCAUCAAACUUGAAUGUUGAAAUUUAUGUUGCUUUCUUGUCAGCUAUUUUCAUUAUAUUAUUUUUGUUCCUUUACAUUACUUUUUAUCAAUUUUAUAUUUUUGGGUAAAGCCCACAUAUGUAUUACCAUUUUUUACUAGUCCGGCUUCUUGGGUUGUAUUUUGUUAACCAAGAAGAAUAAAUAACUUCAACCGUAUUUAAUGGAGUUAUAUUUCCACAAUAAUAUUAUAAGUAAAUGCUUGUGUACCAAUUGUGAUGAGAGAUCAUGAUUACUAUUAUUUAUUAUUGUAUCAUAUUAGUAUGUUUAGAAUGUUGUUAUAUUGCGCGCAUGUUCUCAACGUUUGAUGAAGAUUACGAUGAUGGUGUUAUACAAUAAUUAUGGUGAAUUCAGUAGAUAUUAACUAAAAUCAGCUUUAAAUAUUCUAAACGGGUUAAAACAGAUAUACUUAAUACUCAUUAAGUAUGUACAAAUUUUUUAUUACGUAAUUUAUAUUAUUCAUGUAACUUUAUAUUUGUUCAGGAUAAUAGCAUGCUACUAGACAGCUAUCCAUUCGAGAAGUUUACUUUUCUUUGAAACAUAGCCUUUAUUGCAUCUUGAUAAUUGUAUGAAUGUUUGUUUGUUCGUAGUCUAUUUUUGAAAAAAAUCAAAACUUAUGUAGUUUAUUUGACUGAGUUACUUUUAUGAUAUUUAGACAGCAUUCCUUAUCUAUGUUUUUUCUACUAUUUUACUUCAUGUAUAGAUCUUUUUAUAGGUUCAUCAUUUGUGCUGAGUAUUUGAUAAAAGAUUUUAGGUUAGAAUCCCUUCCUCUUUGACGUUUUCAUUUUUUUCCAAAGCUAAUUUAUGAUAAAUUUUGAAUUAUUUCGUUUGAGAAUUACCAUUUUUACUGAAUAUAUUUUCAUAAAAUACUACAAUAAUUAUAACCUAUCCUUUCUCUACCUCCGCAAUGUUGUCAUUUCAGUUUCAAACUAAGUAGAAAUAUAAUCAAUUAACAAAAUAUUCAUCUCAAUUAUGAAAAUUUAUUGUCAAAUCAUUGAUGGCUAGCUAAUUUUUAUUUUUAUCAUUUUUCAGAUGACAUUUAGUCAAUAUUGAUGAGGGGUUUUCAGAAAUGCAGGCAACGCUCAAUUUUCCUCUCAACUAAUUAUGUUGCAAAGUUAGUUUAUUAACGCCUCCAGGGCUCUCAUAUGUGAACCCUCCCCAAUUGAAAUAACGUAUUGUAUUAUCUUCAAAAUGUCAUUCUCUUCUAUCUUGAAGUACCGUGUUGAAUAUUUUCCAGUUAUAACUAUCACUCAGUAAUAGGCCUAUUCCGCUAAGUUAUUUAUUUUUGUACACAAUUUUUUGAAAAUAUUCCCCAAUUUUUACUUGUUUUUGGGAAGAAUGUAUAGGCAGGGCUAUGUCUGAUCAAUUAAAAUUAUUUUCAAAUCUCUGAUAACAAAUUAUUUCUAUUGUAAAGUCUCAGUAGCUGAAUAUCAUGACUUCAUAUCAAAUUAUGUGAUAAAAGUUUGAGAUUCAUGGAAAAAUAUCAAAUUGAUGAUCAUCUAAAAUGAAGGUUAUGCUGUGAAAUGGUUAUAGUAUAUAAAUUAUAUUUUUGUUGAAUAAUAAUUUCUAUCUAGAAAUAAUUAUUUAUGUGAAGUACAUUUUAUAAUCAUAGUAAGAAAUUAUUAUAGUAUGUCAAAAAUCUAUUCUAUUUACUUGUAGUAGCAUUCAUUUAAUUUUGAAAUGAGAGUCUUUCGAAAGUUUUCAAAUUUCAACAACAAGAUCGUGGUAUUUUUAAAUUUAUCAAAAUGAGAAAUAACUUUUAGCUCAACACACACUUUAUUUCCAAGUGAAAAUUUUGAUGCAAAAGUUUACCUACUGUAUCUAGGAAUGGGAAAUAAAUUUAUUAUAUUUUUGAUUACUCAAUUAGUUAUUUAUCGAAUCAUUCAACCUCCGUUUUUAAUUCGAAGAGUGAAUUGAAUCUGAAUUAGUUUUAUGAGAUACCUUUGUUUAAGUUGAUUAAAAAAAUUCUUCAUUAGAGUUACAUUCAGGUACAUUCAGUUUCAAGUUCUGUAAGCGUAAAAUUUUGAUAUGAACAUUAAUUUUGAAUUAUCGAGAUAAUCUAUCAAUCUAAUUGAAGAAAUAAAUAAUUCAUGGCAUGAAUAAUACUACUCUUCCAUGCCUAAGCGCUUCUAAUUAGAUAUUAAACUUAUGGCAAACUGAUGAACGUUUUGUAUCAAUGAAGCAAAAAUUUUGUCACUAAUGUGUUCUUUUGUAACUUGAACGAGUGCUACUUUAUGGAAGAGAAAAACAUAAAUUAAUAGAAUUAACAGAAAUUAAGUUUUGUAAAUAAAUCACGUUAGAAUGAAUUGAAUGUUUGAUGAAAAAAACUUAGGAAGGUAGCUAUUAGUUGUAAAACGAUUAUGUGUGUACCAGAUGUAUUAUAUACCAAUGAUGAAGUUACUAUGUACAGUAACACUUGUAAUCAAUGAGUAGUGUACAGUCAAUGUUAUUCAAUGCAGUUAUUCAACAUUGAAAGACAACUUUAUGCUUUCUAAAUGUAUAAAAAUUGUUAAUUAAUUUCGUGUAUAUAUGUGAUUAGAUUGUAUUGUAUUAUAUGUUAAAUGUUACGAGUGGAUGCUUUUUAUUUGAAUUUUUGGUUUUGUAGGUAAUUUGACGUAGGAGCUAUUUAACUGUUGAUAUGAGUCUAUUGUGAUAACUAGAAAUGAAAUUGGAAGAUAAAAGAUAACUAUUGAAACGCUUUCAAUAUGUUUCACACAGGAAUAUGUUUGAAAAAUACGUUUGUAAAUCAAAAUUUAAUUUGGAAAAUGAAUUUUAAUUGACAUCAAUAAUAUUCUUAAAAUAAUGCUUAUUGUUGAAAACAACACGAGAUGAAUUUGGAAUAUGACAAACCCUUCAAAUCAGUUAUAUGUUUUUGUGUAUUGUGAAAAAUUUUGAAAUUGAUUGAAUUCGGGGAACGAAAUACAAUUUUCUGAAUUUGGGUUUAACUCAGAAUAAUUCAAAACCCUCUUAAUUUUUUCAGUAAUACUUCUACAGUUUGAUUAUAAGCUGAAGAAAUAAUUUAAAAAGAGUAAUGUAUUAUGCCAAUUGCUGAAAUGCCAAGCAAUUCUAGUUCACGCUUCGAAGUACUUACAUUAUUUUAUAAUCCUUGAGAUUGCAUCAAUAUGAACUGAGAAACUCAAGUGUUCAGAAACGUUUAUGUUUUGUUUGUUGUAUAAUGUAUGUAUAUAAAACUUAUUUCAUUUAUGAAAAAUAGCCAUAAAUCGGAACAAAUAUUCUCCAUAAAACUUCCUUAAGUUACAUCUAAGUUGUCAUAUAUAAGUAAGUAUUAUUGAAUAUGUGAAUAUAGUGUUAAUGUUAUGAUAAUAGAAAAUGAAAUAAUGAAACAAAUUGUUGAAAUAUUUGUAAAUAAUAAUAGUAACGAUUUAAGUGAAAACCAAUAAUGUUCAGCAGUAUUAUUAUUCCAUCUACUAAUUAUGUACGUCUGCAUAAUUCCACUAAAAUUUAAGUAAUAAAAUUCUAAUGUGUUGAUUUGAAA